CGUGCGAGUGUAUAAAAGAUCGCCGGUAAGCUUGUCAGCUAACCAGUCGUAUCUUAACAUUCUGGUGUUGAUCAUGUCGCGAAUUAUGAGUUUGGUCGUUAUUUUUGCGACUAUUGUCGCUUGCUUCCAGCCAAUUUCUGCGGAAGCUGAUAAUCGAGUUUAUAAAAUGUGUGUUCCACAUAAGUUCUAUCAACAUUGUUUGGAUAUCGUGAAGGAACCGUCGCAAGGUGGACUUUUGAUGGAAUGUCUCCCGGCCAGGGAUCGAAUGGACUGCUUGGAAAAGGUCAAUAAACGUGAAGCUGAUUUGAUUGUUGUUGAUCCUGAAGAUAUGUACGUUGCAUACCACAUGAACAACCAAGACUUCCAAGUCAUCUCAGAGAUAAGAACACAACUUGAGAAGGACGCCGAAUUCCGUUAUGAAGGAGUAAUUCUGAUCAAGAAGAGCAGCCCAGUAAAAGAUUUAGAAAGCCUGCGGGGACUUAAAUCAUGUCACACUGGAUUUGGACGAAAUGUUGGAUAUAAAAUUCCUAUCACAAAACUCAAGAAACAUGGAGUUCUCAAAGUAUCUCUUGAUCCGGAAUUGUCACCCACCGAACGUGAACUCAAGGCUUUGUCGCAAUUCUUCAGCAAAUCAUGCCUGGUAGGAACAUACUCUCCACAUGGCGAUGUCGACCAAAUCCUAAAGAAGAAAUAUGCCAACUUGUGCGCUCUAUGUGAGAAACCACAGCAAUGUAACUAUCCGGACAAAUAUUCAGGAUACGAGGGUGCUAUCCGCUGUCUGGCCGAAGGCCAAGGGGAUGUCGCAUUCACCAAGACUAUCUUCAUCAAAAAAUACUUCGGUUUGGCUCCUCAGACUACCGCUCAAGCAAAUCCGGAAGAUUUUGAAUAUUUAUGCGAGGACGGAUCUCGACGACCAAUAACCGGGCCAGCUUGCUCUUGGGCACAACGUCCAUGGCAAGGAUACAUGACCAACUCGGACGCAGCCAGGGAGAAAGCUCAGCUGGAACGGCUCCAGAAACGUGUUGACUCAUUUUAUAAACGCGGUCAAGAAGCACAAGAUAAGGCGGGUGCUGCUAAUCUUCUGAUUAAACCUGAUUUAGUUUUACAUGAGAAGGAGGAAUCGAUUAUGCCAAAGGAGUAUUUGGAACGGGCUGGAUACAAGGAUGUUAUCGAACGUGAUGGCAGCAUGACACAGAAGAUAAGGAUGUGUGUUACUGAUGAAGUUGCCCUGAAGAAAUGCAACACUAUGAAACAAGCGGCCUACUCUCGUGAUAUUCGUCCUGAAUUCCAAUGUGAAUUGCACUCCAAGGAAGAUUCAAUUAAGAAGAUUCAUGCGAAUGAAGCUGAUGCCGUCGUCCUGCCUGGAGAGGAUUACAAACAUGCCACCGAUAACUCACUGAAACCACUUGUCUACGAAGCUUAUGACGAUGAAGAUUUAUACGUGGCUGUGGUCGACGACUCUAUCAGCCAGGAUUUGAUUAAGAAGGCACCCAUCAAAUACGACAUAAAUGACAAACGUGCCGCCUACGCUGCUCGCCUACUGAACAACCAUCGUGGAAAGGAGAUCUGCAACAAAGAUGACGGCAAGGAUGGCCCCAUUGAAAUUAUGAAAGCCCGCGAUGCCCUCAACGCGCCGAACAAGAAGUUGAUUUGUUUGAAUCUUCAAAAGAAGGAUCUUAAGGACUACAAGGAAUGUAACUGUGAUGCAACCCUACCCAAUGCUGUGUUCACAAGAGCCAACAUUGGUCCACAAGAUCUUAACAACAUGCAGCAUGCUUUCAUCUCACUCUCAGAAAGUUUCGGACAUAAUGGAAGAAUUGAAGAUGUUUUCGAGAUGUUUGAUGAAUUCAAGCCAGGAAAUAAGAAUGUUUUGUUCAGUGACGAUGCCUCGAAAUUUGUCACCGAACUCAAACUUCCAAAUGAUUUGUCAGAAGACAAGAUUGGCCAUUUGAAGUGCAAUUAAAAAGGAGUGAAUUAUUUCCAAAGUGGAACGAAAUAUUAUAUUUUUUAAAUAUAUCCUCAUAACAUA